AUGGAGUUGAGUGCUGCAGGCUCUGCUGCUAGCCGUAUGCUGCAGCAGCAGCAGCAGCAGCAGCAGCAGCAGCGGGGUCCUCCUGUUGUUGUUGCUGCUACAGCUACUGUUAUAGAGGGAUUACAAGGGUUUUGGGGUAUUGCUGCAGCAGCAGCAGCACCAGCAGCAGCAGCAGCAGCAGUACGCUCAAUGCUGCGGCUGGUGCGGCUGUAUGUUGCUGCUGUUGCUGCAGCAGCACUUCCUCCUGGGCUUUGCGGUGUAUUGGCAGGUCUGCAUGCGUCUUCUUUAUCGAGCAGCAAGCCCCGCAGCAGCAGCAGCAAGCAGCAGCAGCAGCAGCAGCAGCAUACAAGUGCAGCAGCAGCAGCAGCAGCAGCAGCAACAGCAGCAGCAGCAGCAGCAAACACGAGACAGAACGAACCGCUGCUGCUGCUGGCAAGCCAUCAGCAGCAGCAGCAGCAGCAGCAGCAGCAGCAUUGGCCUCUAUAUAAACAUCUCAAGCAAGCCAUCAGCAGCAGCAGCAGCAGCAGCAGCAGCAGCAGCAGCAGCAGCAGCAGCAGCAUUGGCAGUAUCGGUAUUGAGAUGCGAGGAAGCAGCAACAACUGGCAACAGCAACAGCACCACCAUCAUCAUUAUCAUCACCAACAGCAGCAGCAACAGCAGCAGCAGCUGCAGCAGCAACAGCAGCAGCUGCUGCAGCAGCAGCUGCAGCCGCUGCUGCUGCUGGAGCUCGUGCAGCCCAUGAGCAAGCAGCAGAGCCCCGGGGCGCUGUGGGCACUCGCAGAGAAAGUUGCUGCUGUUGAGUCUGCUGCUGAGAUCAUCGUUUCUCUCGCGCUGCAGCUGCAGCAGCACGGGCUCCAUCAUGCUGCUGCUGCUGCUGCUGCUGCUGCUGCACCAACAGCAACUGCACCUGCAGCAACUGCAACAGCAGCAACAACACCUCUCACUAACGAACCCAACAUGAACCUUCAGCAGCAACAACAGCAGCAGCAGCAGCAGCAACACCACCACCAGCAGCAACAACACCACCAGCAGCAGCAACAUCACCAGCAGCAGCAGCAACAGCAGCAGCAACAGCAGCAGCAGCAGCAGCAGCAGCAGCAGCAGCAGCAGGAGUGUGUGUUGCUGGGUUUAUCUGCAUCAGAGCAUGAGGAAGCAAUCGACAGUGUUGCUGCAUGCAGCCUUUCUUUAUUUAAUUUACGUUCUUUAGUUUAUAGAGUUGCUGCUGCUGAUGUCUGCUGCAGCAGCUCAUUCAUUGCUGCUAUGCAGCGAGCAGCAACAGACACAGCAGCAGAUUGGUCUUCUUCUGCUGCUCCUGCUGCUGCUGCUGCUGCUGCUCCUGCUGCAGCAGCAGCAGCACCAGCAGCAGCAGGAGCAGCAGCAGUGCUGAUGUCUGCUGCAGCAGCUCAUUCAUUGCUGCUAUGCAGCGAGCAGCAACAGACACUAUGCAGCGAGCAGCAACAGACACAGCAGCAGAUUGGUCUUCUUCUGCUGCUCCCUGCUAUGCAGCGAGCAGCAACAGACACAGCAGCAGAUUGGUCUUCUUCUGCUGCUCCUGCUGCUGCUUAUGCUGCAGCAAUACGGCAGCAGCAAAGCGUACUAAGAGAUGUUUACUAUAGAGUGAGAUGCGCUGGGGGCGGCAGCAUCCCGCUGCUGCUGCAGCAGCAGCUGUGGCUGCAUAUAAAAAACCAAACCAUUGAGGAUGCUGCUGCUGCUUUCGUGCUGCUGCUGCUGCAGCUGCCUGUAGAUACACCACAAACAGGGUUUGCUGCUGCUGCUGCUGCUGAAGCUAUUAAAGAUAUCAUCAAAGAAGCAAUGCUGCAGUACCAAAAAGCUGCUGCUGCUGCUGCUGCUGCUGCUGCACAAGACCCAGCAGCAGCAGCAGCAACACCAGCAGCAGCAGCAGCAGCAGCAGCAGCAGCAGCAGCAGAAAGGCCGCUGGUUCCCCCCCUAGAUGUAGAUGAGAGAGACUAUGACGUUAUUGUUGAGGUCUCUUCUCGGUCUGCUGCUGAGCAGCAGCAGUGGUGCAUGCAGCAGCAGCAGCACAGCAGCAGCAAACUGCUGCUGCUGCAGCGGCUGCAGCAGCAACUGCUCGCUAGGCUGCAACAGCAGGGGCUGCUGCACCUCUAA